GUUCAGUUGUAGCCAAAACUAACCAUCAAUCUUCAGGAAGGGAGAUAGAGGGAGUGGUGGCAUGGAGAUACCAGCUGGAGACAAACACCUGGAACAAAGGCCCCAACAUGAUCCAACCGCGGUGCUUAUUCGCCUCAUCCUCUUGUGGCGCCACAUCAUCAGCCUACGUGGCCGGCGGGGUCACCGAGACCGGCUCCGAAGUCCUCAACACCGCCGAGCGCUACGAAUCCCGCACCAACACGUGGCACCGACUGCCACGCAUGCACAAGCGCCGAAGGCUCUGUUCGGGCUGCUACAUGGACGCCAAGUUCUACGUCCUCGGUGGCAGGAACGAGUCCGGCCAGCUCCUCACGUGCGGGGAGGCCUACGACCACGUGACAGCCACGUGGGAGCUGAUCCCCAACAUGUUGGAGGUGGAUGCGCCAACCGAGGUGGCAAGUUUCCAGUCGCCGCCGUUAAUCGCGGUGGCGAACAACGAGCUAUACUCGUUGGAGACCUCGACCAACGAGCUCAGAGUGUAUGUUAAGAGGAGCAGGAGUUGGAGGAGGAUGGGGAGCGUUCCGGUGCGGGCGGAUUCACACAAGGGUUGGGGUGUGGCGUUUAAGAGCUUGGGGAAUGAGCUUGUGGUGAUAGGUGCUUGUGACUCGGGAGAUGGGAUGGCGAUUUACAGCUGUUGCCCUCCUGGUGGUGGUGGUGAUGAUCAAGGUGAUGGUGAGCUUGAAUGGAGGCCGCUUGGAUGUGGCAGGAAUAGAUUGAGUAACUUCAUAUUUAACUGUUCUGUGAUGGUGGCUUGAUCAUGAUGCACGCAUGGAGCUAAUUCCUGGUUUUCCUUAGGGGUAGUUGAUUGGAGAGAAUGAUGUUUUAGGGUUUUGUUUGAUGGUUUAGGGUUCCUAUUGGGGAUGAUAUGUUUGCCUAACUUCAUUGGCAAGUGUGUUGGUAUGUAUGCUUAUAUGUUGUAAUCUCUCGGUAUUUGAUUCAAAGUUAUAAUAUGUGUAUCCGUAUAUUAAAUAAAGAUUUGAAAAUAUGAAAUGAUAGAUUAUUAAUUCCCCUCCUUCAACACUCCUAUUCAACUCUAGAAGUUGUUGGUAUAUUGGGUUUCCUUUGAAGCUCCAAAACUGCUGAUAUAUAGGAUGCAUCUGGUUUUUAGGCCCUGUUCAUCUUUGAAGGAAUAACCUUAGCUUUCUGUGGCAUGCAGUGGUGCGGGAGCUUUUCUUAUCCAAGUGUGUACUUGUAUUGAUGCUGGAGUCUUUGUUCUUUAGUUUGGGUGAAGGACAAUAAUAGAGAGCAACAGUG